UCUCUCUCUCUCUCUCUCUCUCUCCCCCUGAGAAUUGCCUGCAUAUGGGGUUGCUUAAAUUGGCAAAGAGUUAAAGGUGGUACAUAUAUAGAGGAUGAGGGCACCUUUUCCUUUAUCUCACUGGCUUCAGUUAAAGUGCAGGGAAUUCUGGUUUUUUCAAAGAUUAAAGCAGCAGAUCACCAGAUUAGUAAUCUCAAACCUGGGGGAUGAGAAGAGGGCUUGAUAAAAGACGCAAUCUUUUGUGCAAUACUUUGGUUAAUCAUCAGUAGCCAUGAAUAAGGGUAGCAGCCAGUUGGGUUCCAUCAGCAGCUCUGAUCUCAUUGAUGCGAAGCUUGAGGAGCAUCAGCUGUGUGGAUCCAAGCACUGCCCGGGCUGCGGCCACAGGCUAGAAGCAGCAAAGCCGAACUGGGUAGGUUUACCGGCCGGAGUGAAAUUUGAUCCCACAGACCAAGAAUUGAUAGAUCAUCUGGAAGCAAAGAUGGAGGCUGCAGAAGACUCAAAGUCUCACCCUCUCAUAGAUGAAUUCAUCCCUACCAUUGAAGGAGAAGAUGGGAUUUGUUACACUCAUCCUGAAAAGCUUCCAGGAGUUACGAGAGAUGGCUUGAGCAGGCACUUCUUCCACAGGCCGUCCAAGGCCUACACCACGGGGACGAGGAAGAGGAGGAAGAUCCAGACGGAAUGCGACCUGCAGGGCGGCGAAACCCGGUGGCACAAGACUGGGAAGACAAGGCCGGUGAUGGUGAACGGCAAGCAGAGAGGGUGCAAGAAAAUCCUAGUGCUCUACACCAACUUCGGCAAGAACAGGAAGCCGGAGAAGACCAACUGGGUGAUGCACCAGUACCACCUCGGCCUGCACGAAGAAGAGAAGGAAGGCGAGCUCGUCGUGUCCAAGAUCUUCUACCAGACCCAGCCCCGACAGUGCAAUUGGUCCGACCGGAGCACCGCCGCAGCCGAUGGAAGCUCCGAACCCGUUGUUCAUGAUAAUAUUAGGAGAGACAACAGCGGUGGCAGUGGAAGUUGUUCUUCCAGGGAAGUGGUGAUCACUCAGAGUCCGAGCGAUGAACUGUCUGCGGCGGCCGCCGCCGCCUCAAUAUCAAGUUUCUGUGGCAUCGACAUUCAGCAAUUGAAAGCUGACCAUUUUAGCUUUGCCCCUUUCAGGAAAAGUUUUGAUGAGGUUGGAGUAGUGGGUGAGGAUCCAACGACUGUAAUGGCUGUGGCGGCCCCAGGCAACUGCGAACAGCACCACCACCACCACCACCAUCACCACCAUUAUGAGCAGCUUGCUACGGCGGGGUUCCACAUCAGCAGGCCCUCUCAGCCUAUCUCCUCCGUCAUCGCUCCGCCGCCCCUCCACCACACCUCCAUUGUUCUCGACCAGGAUGAGUCCUUCCAUGUCUCCAGAAUAAUGCUCCAAAAUGACAAUUUCCAGCAACAGCAGCAGCAACAUGAUGAUGAUAAGCUGCUGCUGCUGCAGGGAGGAAGGCCUGCAUCUGCAGCUGCAUCUGGAUUGGAGGAACUCAUCAUGGGCUGCACUUCUUCUACUGAUCAUCAUGAUCAUAUCAAAGAGGAAUCAGCCAUCAGAAGCCAACAAGAGGCAGAAUGGUUGAAGUACUCCACCUUCUGGCCUGAUCCAGACCACCAGGACCAUCAUGCGUAGAGCUUAUAUAGUAGCAAAGAGAGGAACCCAGAAAACAACAACCCCAUUAUGAAAAUAAAAUAAGCGAGAGUGAGAAAGAGAGAGGGAAGGGGGGGACAUGAUUAUAUCACAUCAUAUCAGUACGUACUUGAAGCUUUCGUCGAGUUCUUUUCAUAAGCAAUAGGCCAAGAAGCAGCCAUGGUUGUUCUUUACUGACUGUACAACAACCCAUCUAUUGGACUUGGAGAGAAGACAGGAGAAAGAGAAAAAAAAAAAAAAAGCAAAGAAAAA